CGCCGCCCCGCGCCCGCCGCCGCCGCCGCCAUGGGCGUGCAGGGCUUCCAGGACUACAUCGAGAAGCACUGCCCGAGCGCCGUGGUGCCGGUGGAGCUGCAGAAGCUGGCCCGGGGCAGCCUGGUGGGCGGCGGGCGGCAGCGGCCCCCGCACACGCCGCUGCGCCUGCUGGUGGACGCCGACAACUGCCUGCACCGCCUCUACGGCGGCUUCUACACCGACUGGGUGAGCGGCGGCCAGUGGAACCACAUGCUCGGCUACCUGGCCGCGCUGGCCAAGGCCUGCUUCGGCGGCAACAUCGAGCUCUUCGUCUUCUUCAACGGCGCGCUCGAGAAGGCGCGGCUGCACGAGUGGGUCAAGCGGCAGGGCAACGAGCGCCAGACGGCGCAGCAGAUCGUCAGCCAUGUCCAGAACAAGGGCACCCCGCCGCCCAAGGUCUGGUUCCUGCCGCCCGUCUGCAUGGCGCACUGCAUCCGCCUGGCGCUCAUCCGCUUCCACGUCAAGGUUGCACAGAGCAUCGAGGACCAUCAUCAAGAAGUCAUUGGUUUCUGCAGAGAAAACGGCUUUCAUGGUUUGGUUGCGUACGACUCUGAUUACGCGCUGUGCAACAUCCCCUACUAUUUCAGUGCCCAUGCCCUAAAACUGAGCCGGAAUGGGAAAAGUCUCACCACAAGCCAAUACCUGAUGCAUGAAGUGGCCAAGCAGCUGGACCUGAACCCAAACCGCUUCCCUAUCUUUGCCGCUCUGUUAGGUUCCAUGUUUGCCUUCCAGGAAAUCACAUUCUACCUGAUGAAGACCUGGCUUCCUUUCACUGGAGUUUACUUGGUCCGGAACACCCACUUGCCUCACUUAAGGCCGUCAGCACCCUACUGUCUGUGUCCAUGGGUUAUGCACGUCCGGGCCCACCAGCUGGUCUUGCCGCCAUGUGACGUGGUGAUCAAGGCUGUGGCUGACUACGUCCGCAACAUCCAGGACACCUCGGACUUGGAUGCCAUAGCUAAAGAUGUUUUCCAGCAUUCUCAGUCUAGAACAGAUGACAAAGUUUUUCGAUUCAAGAGAGCAAUUGGAUAUUAUUCAGCGACUAGUAAGCCUGUGGCAUUUCACCCACCACACUACUUAGAUGAAACAGCCAGACCAAAUCCGUUUGGAAUGCCUGGGAUAGUGCCACCGUAUGUCCCCCCCCAGAUGCUCAACAUUCCACAGACCUCUCUGCAAGCCAAGCCCAUGGCUCCACAGGGGCCCAACCCAGGUGCUCCGGGUCAGGGUCCACACCAUUACAGCCUCGCUGAGCCGGCCCUCCCUUUAGAAACAAGCGGAAAGAAUCUGACUGAGCAGAACAACUACAGUAACAUUCCUCAUGAAGGAAAACAUACUCCACUGUAUGAAAGAUCUUCCCCGAUCAACCCAGCUCCGAGCGGCAGCCCCAAUCAUGUGGACUCAGCGUACUUUCCUGGUUCUUCUACGUCGUCAUCUUCAGACAAUGAUGAAGGCAGUGGAGGAGCUGCAAACCAUGUCAGUGGGAACAAAAUUGGCUGGGAGAAGACAGGAAGCCACUCGGAGCCUCCAGCGCGGGAAGACCCAGGAGACCAAACAAAGGUAGAAGGUUCGUCCACUGCCUCUUCAGGCAGCCAGCUUGCUGAAGGAAAGGGAAGCCAGAUUGGCACUGUCCAGCCAAUUCCAUGCCUCCUCUCCAUGCCCACCAGGAACCACAUGGACAUCACCACCCCGCCUCUGCCCCCUGUUGCACCCGAGGUGCUGAGAGUAGCCGAGCACCGUCACAAGAAGGGGCUGAUGUACCCGUACAUCUUCCACGUCCUGACAAAGGGUGAAAUCAAAAUUGCUGUUUCUAUUGAAGAUGAAGCCAGCAAAGACCUGCCUCCCGCCGCCCUGCUCUAUAGGCCAGUUCGUCAGUAUGUUUACGGAGUCCUGUUUAGCUUGGCAGAAAGCAGAAAGAAAACUGAGAGACUUGCUUUUAGAAAGAACAGACUUCCACCAGAAUCGGUUUCACCAGUGAUCAUUAAGGAGUGGGCAGCUUACAAAGGGAAAUCUCCGCAAACUCCAGAACUGGUGGAAGCUCUUGCCUUCAGGGAGUGGACCUGCCCCAACCUAAAGAGGCUCUGGCUGGGGAAGGCAGUGGAGGACAAGAACCGCAGGAUGAGGGCCUUCCUGGCCUGCAUGAGGUCAGACACUCCAGCCAUGCUCAACCCAGCCAGCGUGCCCACUCAUCUCACGGUGCUGUGCUGUGUCCUACGGUAUAUGGUGCAGUGGCCUGGAGCACGGAUACUGCGUCGUCAGGAGCUGGAUGCCUUCCUGGCUCAGGCAUUGUCCCCCAAACUCUACGAGCCUGAUCAGCUGCAGGAGCUCAAGAUUGAGAACCUCGACCCUCGAGGCAUUCAGCUGUCAGCUCUCUUCAUGAGUGGCGUGGACAUGGCCCUGUUUGCAAACGACGCAUGUGGCCAGCCCGUGCCCUGGGAACACUGCUGUCCUUGGAUGUAUUUUGAUGGGAAGCUCUUCCAGUCCAAACUCCUUAAAGCAAGCCGGGAAAAGACCCCACUCAUCGACCUCUGUGAUGGUCAGGCUGAGCAAGCUGCCAAGGUAGAAAAGAUGCGGCAGAGCAUCCUGGAAGGGCUGAACUUCUCCCGGCAGAGCCUCCCGCUCCCCUUCCCACCGCCCUCGGCGCUGCCUUUCUACCCCACCUCUGUGUACCCGAGGCACUUCGGGCCUGUCCCCCAAGCUCAGGGCCGAGGGCGUGGCUUUGCAGGAGUCUGUGGCUUUGGAGGCCCCUAUGGGGAAACUGUAGCAACAGGCGCCUACCGUGCCUUCCGCGUGGCGACGGCAGCAGGACACUGUGGAGCCUUCUCAGGCAGUGACGGCAGCAGGACUAGCAAGUCGCAGGGCGGAAUCCAACCUAUACCUUCUCAGGGAGGGAAGCUAGAAAUAGCUGGCACCGUGGUCGGCCACUGGGCUGGGAGCAGACGGGGCCGCGGGGGCCGGGGGCCUUUCCCCCUACAGGUCGUUUCUGUUGGAGGACCAGCAAGAGGGCGUCCAAGAGGAGUUAUUUCCACCCCCGUGAUCAGAACAUUUGGAAGAGGUGGGAGGUACUAUGGCAGAGGUUACAAAAACCAGGGUGCGAUUCAGGGCAAGCCCCCUUAUGCUGCUUCAGCAGAAGAAGUGGCCAAAGAACUGAAGUCGCGAUCCGGGGAAUCCAAGUCCUCCGCCAUAUCUUCAGACGGGUCCCUGGCUGAAAAUGGAGUGGUGGCUGAGAAGCCAGCUUCCCAGAUGAAUGGGAGUGCAGGCGACACCAGGGCCCCCAGCCACUCGGAAAGUGCCUUGAACAAUGACUCUAAGACGUGCAAUACAAAUCCUCACUUAAAUGCACUAAGCACAGACAGUGCUUGCCGUGGAGCUGAUGCUCUGGAGGCAGCUGUCUUAAAGCAAGAAGAAUAAACUUAUUUUUUAUAGAGGGUGAAGGAUGCUGGAAGGGUAAGGAUUUAGGAAUAUCUGGAGAGAAAGAGAGCCUACAGUUAUGUACAUUUUUUCCUUUCCGUAAGAGAAAAAUGAGGACUUUGGAAAUUCGGAUCCCUCUUUGAUAUCAGAGAUUUAAAAAACACAUUUUUAGUUUUAACCAGUUGUAGUCAAAAUGCUACAAUAAACAAAAAGAGAGAAAGAAAAUGAAGAGCAUUUGACUCCCACUCUUAAAAUGAAGUACACACAAAGUUUAAACUGGUUAUGACAAAAGCCUAUAGUUGUGUUUCUUGAACUAUAAAGAAAACAAAUUUUGGCAGUCUUUAAGUAUAUAUAGCUUAAAAUAUCAUUUUUAGCAUUUGGCACCAUAUGUAUGCCAUUAUCUUUGAUUUUGCAUUACUGUUCACAAGAAAGCUUUGUUUAAGGCUUUGAUUUUAUGAUUAUGAAAGAAAUAAGGCACAACCACAGUUUUUCUUUCUUACUUAAAUUUCAUCACUGUUGAUGUGGUUCUUUUGUGUUAAAAGAAAAAGUGCAACUAUCAAAACAAAAAAUUAUAGAGUAAUAUUGCCGUUCUGCUGAUUUUAAAUAUACAGUACAUCAUACAUACUUUACAAGCAAGUUAAAUGGAGAUAAAGUUGAAAUCAUAGAAGAUACAAAUGACCUUUCAAAAUCAAUACAAUGUGUUCUGAAACUUUUUGUGACUUAAAUACCAUGCAUCUGUGAUCAAUGAACUAUGUGGUUUUGAAUCGAAUGUAGACCAUUAGUGCUACUACUUGAGCUAAACUUCUGCAUGGUUCAUAAUUUUUAAAGUGUGUAGUUAAUAUUAUGCAUGUUAUUGUCCUUUCUUCCAUUCUUACCAGUAUGUGCCCAUUUGCAAAACAAAAAUGCUAAUAAUCAGUAAUAGUUCUAUAAAAGAUGUUAACUCUGUUUAGUCAUUGACUGAUCUUGCUCUAACCUUAAAAUUUUGUGAUUAUUGACCUCUGUUGCAUUUAUUCUAAAACACCCCAAAAUUAUCUAGCUGUUUCGAGUAUCAACAUUACCCUGGUGUAUUCACUGCUGUAUGCAUUACUGUUCUUUGUUGCUGUUUUAUUCCUUCAUAUUAGCAAAAUAUGAAAUUCUGUGAAAAACAAAAAAAAAUCCCUUUGAUCUUUAACCCCCCCGCCCCCUUCUGUAGCAGGAAACAAAUUGCUUGUUCUUGAGAACUUUCCCAUCAAGAAUUUAGUAGAAGCAGGUAUACUUAUAUCAUUUUGAUGUUUUUGUUAAUGUUUCCAAACAAUGUACUUUGAAAUCAGAAUCACUUCUUAUUCGUUUUCAUAUAAUUCUCCUGAUGCUCUUCAUCACACAUUAGUGAUCAGAAACGAGAUGUAAUUCCCCAAUCCCUGCCCGCAAGACCUGAGUAGGAUCUUACUGUAAGUUGAAGGGAGUUUUGCCCUAACUCAUGGAUUGUGCAAGAAUGAACUGCUGUUGGGUUUGACUGAUUGUAGAUGGGUUGUGGUGUGGUGUAUUGAAGGCUAUUGAAUGCAACUUACAAUGCUUAAUAAAAAUCUUUAUUCUUUUAGUAUAAAGUAUGGUGUGACUUUUAAAUUCCUUGUAUUUUACUGAAGUUUAAUUCAAAUUGAAACAGCUACUGAAGAGCUUGGUCAAAUAAACAAGAUUGAGAAA